GCAUCCCGCACGCAAAUGAAUUCAGCGGCAUUUUGUUUGGCACGUUCGUGAAAAAAGCAAUCGAUAUCCGUUUUCUCUCGGUGAUAGGCGUGAAAAAUUGCCACAAUUGGUCAGUGAAAUACAAUGCUGGACGGUUGGUACUGCCGCUCAAUCAACGAGCAAGCCCAACAACAGCAGCAGCAGCAACAACAGCCUCCGAAUCAAAAGCAGAAUCCCAAUCAUCAACAACAACAGUCGCAGCAGCCGACACUUCCGCAUCUACAACAAAAUUCAAUGCAUCAGCAAUCGCUAACCCCGCAGCAGCAGGCAUACCUGCUGCAGCAACAACAACAACAGCGAAUGUUGCAGCAACAGCAACAGCUGCUUCAGCGGAACCGGAAUAGCUCGUUUGAUGGGGAGGACGAUCGCGAUGGUGGCGACAGUUCCGAUGAAGAUAGCGAUGAGGACGUGCUGCCCCGCAGGAGUAACAUCGACUACAAGGCUCAGUACGGCAACCUCAAGAAGAAGCUCAAGUAUUUGCUUUAUGAAAACGAAUUCUUCCAAGAGAAUCUGCGGACCAGUCAGCGUCGUCUGCUGAAGGUGACCCGCGAUCGAACAUUCCUACUGGAUCGUUUGCUCCAAUACGAGAAAACCGAUUUCACGUCUUCGGAAAGUGAAGAUACGGAAUCGUCGGAUGAUUCUUCCAAGGUGGAACCCGCGGUGCAAAGUUCUGGACCAGGAAGGAAGCGUAAAAAUGAUCCAUCUUCAGCCAACAGCUCGAUGAAUAAAAACCCUACCAAGCGAAGGAAACCGGGUCCCAAAAAGCAGCUUUCUGCCCAGCAAGUGUACAUGCAACAGAUGCAGCAACAAAGACAGCGCCAGUUACAAGCUCAGCAUCAGGCGCAGAUAAUGGCCCAAUUGCAGGCUCAAGCUCAACAGCUUCAGAACUCUGCCAGCAAUAGCAGUGCAUCAAUGAUGAACCACAAUCAUAACCCGCAGAUCCAGCAUCAACAGCAACACAUGCCCAACAAUCAGGACGGACACUUGACCACGGAAGAAGUCGAGCGGCAUCUCCAAUCCAGAACCCAACAGUCGAUGCUGUGUGAGGUCGUUCCGGAGGGUGAACUACCGAACGAGAUGUUUAGCCAGAAUCCUUCGAGCGAAUCCAACGACCAAAUGAUGGGCGAUACUUCGCCGAGCAACCUGGGUGAAGAAUGCUUGUCCGUCGAUCAGGGCAUGAUGCAGCACCACCAGCAGGAUUGACCGGAAGAAGUGGUUCCGUGUCUAGAAGUGGAGGAACAGACGAGGAUGGAUUAAAACUUUUCAAAAGUGUAUAUUUGAUUAGAUUGUGUUGUAGGUGUGAUCGGUACAAUUUUGAUGUAGUAAUAAAAGUAAAAAAAAAUCGAACUGAAAUGACAAAUUU